GACGAAACAUUGAAAACCUGUGUAAAUGCUAGCCAAAUUCUCUGUAACGUAACAGAAGCUUCCAAAGCGGUUGGGGGCACGCUGCAUAUUAACGGAGGCGCCACAAAAUCUGUCGCCAUCCGAGAGACAAGGCAUUAACCGUUAAAGUGCUGCACUGCUGGCGUUGUGUGAUCUGUGGCAAGAGUUUGCUAUAGAACAAAAUGGCCUAUCGCGGCAUUAUAAGCAAUACGGACGAUGCUGACCAAAAUGACCCGGACACCGAUUCCCUUGACGAUGUGCUGACCGAUCCCAGCAAGGAUGCGAUUGCCACUCUGCCGCAUCGCACCAAGCUAACAUCUCCAGCUGCGACAGGUGCUGCAGCAGCAGCUGGGGUGUCGCAUGCCGAUAGCCCCAUUGCAUUCCACCCGCCGAUGUCCACCAAGCUCUCCAAAAUCAAUAAGAUGAGGCCCAACCAGCCGGUGGCGCUCAAAUGUAAUUGCGAUUUAACCGAUCCAGUUGAUAAUGAUAAGACCGAUGCUGAUAAUGAGCUAACUAAUGAGAUUUCGGCUCCAUAUGAAGUGCCUCAGUUUCCCAUUGAACAGAUUGAGAAGAAAUUACAAAUACAGCGCAUACUCAAUGAAAAGCAAUCGACAGGUCAGCGUGCGGUGACCAUAACAUCCAGUCCACGAAAUCACAGCAGUUCCGAGUCCGAAGGUCACGUGUCUGCAGAAAAGCGUCUAACCGAAGCGGACAUAACCUUUCAGCGUGUGUCCGUGUCGGGCGAGGAUACCAGCGGUGUGCCGCUCGAGGAUCUGGAGCGCGCAUCGACCCUGCUUAUCGAGGCGCUAAAGUUACGCUCCCAUUAUAUGGAAAUAUCAGAUCAAUCGUUUCCAACGACCACGGCACGCUUCCUCAAGACGGUGCGUCUCAAGGAUCGAUACAAUGAUCUGCCUGUUAAAUCGGUUUCAGACAUAAUUCGCAAACAAAGUAUGGCGAGCUAUACAGAGCUCCAUUCGAUAUCAUCGCCCCUAAAAUCGAUAAAUGCCUGGGAUGUGGAAUUCGAGCCCGAUGAAGAUUAUUUUAUCAAGCCAGUGAAUGGCGUCUUUCACAUUUACAAUGAUAAGGAGUGCACCAGCGAGCUGCAGUUUACGUAUCCGGAUAUGAACCAGUUCGUGAAUGACAUGCAGGUCAUGUGUAAUAUGAUUGCCGAUGGACCAUUAAAAUCAUUUUGCUAUCGUCGCCUUUGCUAUUUGUCCUCCAAGUACCAGAUGCAUGUGCUGCUCAAUGAGCUGCGCGAGCUGGCCGCCCAGAAGGCGGUGCCGCAUCGUGACUUUUACAACACUAGAAAAGUGGAUACCCAUAUACAUGCAGCCUCUUGUAUGAAUCAAAAGCAUUUGCUGCGCUUCAUCAAGAAGACGCUGAAGAAUAAUGCCAGCGAGGUGGUCACCCACACAAAUGGACAGCCGAUGACAUUGGCCCAGGUGUUCCAAUCGAUGAACCUGACCACAUACGAUCUGACCGUUGAUAUGCUGGAUGUCCAUGCCGAUCGUAAUACGUUCCAUCGUUUUGAUAAAUUCAAUUCCAAAUAUAAUCCCAUUGGUGAAUCGCGUCUCCGGGAAGUCUUCCUCAAGACGGACAAUUAUUUGAAUGGCAAAUACUUUGCACAAAUUAUAAAGGAGGUGGCCUUUGAUCUGGAGGAAUCCAAGUAUCAAAAUGCAGAACUUCGUCUCUCCAUCUACGGCAAGUCGCCCGAUGAGUGGAAUAAACUAGCCAAAUGGGCCAUCGACAAUAAUGUCUACAGCUCGAAUAUACGCUGGUUAAUACAAAUACCGAGGCUCUUCGAUAUAUUCAAGUCCAACAAGAUGAUGACGUCAUUCCAGGAGAUUAUCAAUAACAUUUUUCUACCCUUGUUCGAGGCAACGAAUAAGCCAAGCGAGAAUCCCAACUUGCAUCGCUUCUUGACCUAUGUGAUUGGUUUCGAUUCUGUGGAUGACGAGUCGAAGCCAGAGAAUCCGCUCUUUGAUAGCGAUGUGCCACGACCCGAAGAAUGGACAUACGAGGAUAAUCCGCCGUAUGCCUACUAUAUAUACUAUAUGUAUGCCAAUAUGACGGUGCUCAAUAAAUUUAGAAAGCAGCGUGGAAUGAACACAUUUGUGCUGCGCCCCCAUUGCGGCGAAGCUGGGCCAGUGCAGCAUCUGGUCUGUGGCUUCUUGAUGGCCGAGAACAUUUCGCACGGUCUGCUGCUGCGCAAGGUGCCAGUGCUGCAGUAUCUAUACUAUCUAACCCAGAUAGGUAUUGCCAUGUCGCCGCUGUCGAAUAAUUCGCUGUUUCUCAACUAUCAUCGGAAUCCGUUGCCCGAAUAUCUGGCUCGUGGACUAAUUAUCUCAUUGUCCACCGAUGAUCCGCUACAGUUUCACUUUACCAAGGAACCGCUUAUGGAAGAGUACAGCAUUGCGGCGCAGGUGUGGAAGCUCAGCUCCUGCGAUAUGUGCGAGCUGGCACGCAACAGCGUCAUCAUGAGCGGCUUUCCACAUAACAUCAAGCAGCAAUGGCUGGGACCCAACUACUUUGAGGAUGGCAUCAAUGGCAACGAUAUAACUCGCACUAAUGUGCCAGAGAUACGCGUGGCCUAUCGCUAUGAGACCUUACUGGAUGAGCUCUCAAAUAUAUUCAAAGUGAAUCAGACUUGCCACCUGAAGGAGUGCGAAUAAAGCAUCAACAGAGAAAAGGCAGUCGAUUUAUAAAAUAUCAAACAAAAUUAUAUAUGCAAUUUAGAUACUUGCUUCUUAUAUACAUUUACAUAUAUUUGUACCUAUACACAUUUGCGUACUUCGAUGUGAAUGUUUUUCUCAACUAAUCAAUUAUAUUACCCCGACAGACCAAUAUUCUACAUACUUGCAUGAGUAGAUGUAACAAACGUAUAUACAGGGCGCAUUGGCUGGCUGGCAGCAGAGAUGACAGCAAUUUGCAGCAUCCAUAUAAAUAUCCAUUUUAGGUAGAUUCUUUGCUUUGAAAUCGAAGUAGACGAAAAUUAAAUAUAUAUUUUAAAAAUUAAACUUAUGUGAAUUGUAAACUCUAAAUAAACCAAGUUGCGAAUUGCUAAUAAA